CGGGCUGGGGGUGGGUGUUCGCCGCACAGCUCGUGUCGCCGUCGCGGCUUCCGGUGCUAGGUGGAGGGCGGGCAGGAGGGAGCCGGGGAACGGGCCAGAGGACCAGCUUCGCCGCGGUCGGGUCGGCUUGCGGAGCGGGAGGCAGCGGCCGGAGAGCCGGGCGGAACCUGCGGGGGCGGAGGCGGCGGUGGCAGCCGCGGCGCAGGGAGCAGGAACAGGGUCAAGCCCUCCAUAUCCAGGACCAGGCUAAAACCAGAUUACACUGCCCCUCUCUGGGCCCUAUUGACUUAAAGCAGCCACUGUAAUCAUGGGCAAUAUCUUUGGGAACCUUCUGAAGAGCCUAAUCGGCAAGAAGGAGAUGCGCAUCCUGAUGGUGGGCCUGGAUGCUGCCGGGAAGACCACCAUCCUGUACAAGCUGAAACUCGGGGAGAUUGUCACCACCAUCCCGACCAUUGGGUUUAAUGUGGAGACAGUGGAAUAUAAGAAUAUCAGCUUCACAGUCUGGGACGUAGGUGGCCAGGACAAGAUUCGGCCCCUCUGGAGACACUACUUCCAGAACACCCAAGGCUUGAUAUUUGUGGUUGACAGCAAUGACCGGGAGCGAGUGAACGAGGCCCGGGAAGAGCUGAUGAGGAUGCUGGCGGAGGAUGAGCUCCGGGAUGCUGUACUCCUUGUGUUUGCAAACAAACAGGAUUUGCCGAAUGCUAUGAAUGCUGCUGAGAUCACAGACAAGCUGGGGCUGCACUCUCUGCGUCACCGCAAUUGGUACAUUCAGGCCACCUGUGCUACCAGCGGGGACGGGCUGUAUGAAGGCUUGGACUGGCUGGCCAAUCAGCUCAAAAACAAGAAGUGAGAGCCAGGCAGCCCUCUCUGACUACCCCACCCACUCCUGACACAUACCUGUUGUCUCCUUACCCCAAUUUCCCCUUCUUCCUCUUGAAAGUGGCCAAGGUCCUGGGUAUCAUGUCCACAUGCCCAGCAAGCGCCUUGCCUCCCUCCUCCACCCCCCUCCUCCCUCCCUGUACACUGACACAGUCAGCCCCCAACUGCUGUCCUGAUGAUGAAUCAUUCCAAUUUACUGGAUUUAAAACAGAAUGAAGCUGUUACGGUUUCGUGGGGUGGUCCCCAUUGGUUUCAGGAGGAAGAGUGGGGUGUUCUCUGUUUGCUGUUUGGCACUGGUUGCUGUGCUCUUGGCAUCUGAGUCCCUUCCCUGUGUCCCUGGCCACUCUCCUCCCUGUCAUCCUUUCCUUCUGAACCCUCUCCUAUUCUCCAUGGACAUUGCACGGGCCUCUCUGUGUGUGCGUGCAUGUGUGCGCCUGUAUAUACGUGUAUAGAGAGAUAUAUAUGUAGGGUCAGGGGAGGGAGCAGAGCGCAGCUCAGGGCUUACAGCCGGAACACUGCGCACUGGAACCUGUCCCCUGCCCUUCUGUGUUGGUGAGAUAAGGGGAUGUGGGUGGGUCCCAUUGCUUUCCUCUCCGCAGGUGGCAUUCCUGGAUGUUGGGAUACAUGAUGGGCGCCUUCGGCCAUCUGUCUUACCUUUCCUUCUCCACUAUGAUGAGCACAUGAAGUGGCAUUGGUCUCUGGGUGACUGUUCCUAAGGAGCUGCCGUGCUACUCUGCCUCAUUAGUAGCCCGCUUAUGCUAUCAGUCUAGAGUGUUGUAUUGAUCCUCCCCCACCGUCCUCAGAUCUGCUCCUCAGGAACUCAGAGGGAGGUGGGUUAGUGGGACCUGCAUGUAGAGGGUGGACAGUGGUCGGGGGAAGGCCUAGUUUUCCAUCUUACUGUCAUAAGGAGGAGAAGGCAAGGCAUGGAGCAGUCCUGUUCCUGCCUUCUGGUCUGUCAGAGAUCUCUCCCCUUAGUAGCUCUGCUGGCCUGAUGAGGACUGCCCAGGUGGAGCAACGAGAAGCCAUGGACUGGGGGAACAUAGCCGACCUCAGUAUCAACUCCCUGUUCUCCAGUUCUCUGUCAGUUCAGGACCAGGAAAGAUGAGUUUCUGUUGUCCUCGAUGUCCUGUCCCCCACUUCCUGGCAGCUUUCCCCAGUCCUCACCCUGUCCUGAAUAGGUCUGUGGGGUUGGAGUAGAUGCCGUAGGACCCUGCAUGGCUGAGCCUGGAACUGUGAUCUUCAGGGCCUUCCCUCCCUCCAUCCUCUGCUUGUUCAGCUGCUGCUGCAGGUCUGUAGAGGGCGCUAUUCCAGAAGCUCUGACCUGGGUCCUGACUUGUCACUGCACUGAAGCUGUGGCUGUUCUGUGGGCUCCUGUGUGUGCUGGCUGCGCCCUGAGCUCCAAAACAGCUGCCCGUAACCUCUCUGCUAAGGUCAGGACCCUGGGCUCUCUGCAGCUUGGCCAAGGGACUCUUCCCAGAGGCCUGUUCUGAGUUCCUCCACUCAGUGGCCAGGUUUCCUGCCACCUUUGUCUAUAGCAGGCAGAUAAGUUCCCCAGCCUACUGUCAGCUGAGCUGUGCGAGGUUCCAGGAUGUCUCUCAGUGCAGGUAGUGCUGUGAUACCCCAGACACUAUGUGAGCAUGUGCUCUAGACCUGGUGUGUGUGUGUGUGUGUGUGUGUGUGUGUGUGUUCUCUACAUGGGGGUGCCAGGGAUUCUGUUUCAUUUUAAAUGGGUUCCUUCCAUUCCCUGCAUUCCUCUCUUUACUGUUCCUGCAUCCCCCUCUGUCGCCCUCACUCUCUCUGCCGUUUCUAAGCCCCUAUCCCCUCCUUUCUGUUGCUGCUGUGAGCACCUGUUUGCCUUCUCCGUUCACUCACCACUUUGCCUGUUUGGUUUUGGUUUUGUCUUCUGUUUGAUUUUCUGUUCUAUCUUUGCUUUGAGAUUGGUGAGGACUUUGCCUCUUUCUCUGCCACGCUCUCUGACCUUCCUGCUUAGAUGCUAGUUCCAGAUAGGUUUUGUACAUUGCAGACAUGAGUCCACUCCUGCACCCCUUACCACAGCUUAUUUUUCUCCACCUCCUGGGACCAACCUGAGGCUGAGCAGGCUGAAGCAGCCUUGAAUGUUGCCUUGGUGCAUGCUGCUCCAGACACAUCCAGCAGGGGGCAGUAGCAUCUUGGUAACAUCCCUGGCUUUGUGGGGAGGUGGGGGUGCUUUCUACAUUCCCUAAUCCAUCUUUAGGGUUGGAUGUUCCAUCCCAUUUCUGUGAACUCCCUCUCUUGCUUUUCUCAAGUUGGUUUCAUUUUUUAUCUUGUUCUACCUUUCUUUCUGGGGACUUCCCCUUCCCUCCACCUCCAAAGUUUGUGGUGUUACAGUGGUAUCUGCAGUUCUGAAGUGGGUUUUUUUCUUUUUGCUUUCUCUGGAAUGUAGACUGUACAUGUUUAAUAACUUGCCUUCUCUAUCCUUGCUCAAAAAUGUGGGAUAAUGCAAUGACUGUGCCCUGGUUGGAAAUUAAACUUGUUUUACGCA